GAGUCGUUUUCAGCUGUAUGAUUUGCCGCUGACAUAUAGGAAAAAAUAUUAAAUUUUAAAACAUCUAUAAAUUUCUUUGAAAUUUUAUUAGAAAGUCUUAGAAAGGUGAAAUUGCGGAUUUAAAUUUAAAAGGACUACAGAGACCUAAAAACGUAAACAUGGCGGAUAAAAAUUCCGAACAAAGUAUUAUGGAUAAGUCCAUGCGAUCCGUUUUCGUGGGCAAUAUUCCAUAUGAAGCAACGGAGGAGAAACUUAAGGAGAUUUUUAGUGAGGUGGGACCGGUCCUAUCACUCAAGCUAGUAUUUGAUCGUGAAAGUGGAAAGCCUAAAGGUUUUGGGUUUUGUGAAUACAAAGAUCAGGAAACGGCUCUUAGUGCCAUGCGUAAUUUAAAUGGUUAUGAAAUCGGUGGUCGUACACUACGUGUAGACAACGCUUGUACUGAAAAGUCUCGCAUGGAGAUGCAACAGCUGCUGCAAGGCCCCCAAAUUGAGAAUCCCUAUGGCGAACAUUGUGAUCCAGAUCAGGCACCAGAAAUAAUCACAAAGACCGUGGCAUCUUUGCCACCAGAGCAAAUGUAUGAGUUGAUGAAGCAUAUGAAGCUUUGUAUACAAAACAAUCCUUCAGAAUCUCGUCAAAUGUUGAUGUUAAAUCCUCAACUUGCAUACGCUUUGUUGCAAUCAAUGGUUGUAAUGCGUAUAGUUGACCCGCAAGCAGCAUUGGGAAUGCUGUUCAAAGCAAAUCAGAUGCCACCUGUACUUGGUGGAAAUCCGUUGUCUGGAAGUGUGCAGUCGCAAAGUAUAUCGUCAAAUAUUAUGCAACAAUCACAGCCACAACCGACACAGCCGCCGCCAUUAGUUGGAGGACCACCAAUGCCCGUACCCGGUCCGAAUUUCAAUGUAAUGCAAGGCGGUGAUAUUGAUUUACGCGCUAUGAGCGGUCCUGCAUUAGGUGGACCCGGCAACAUGGAUCCAAGGCAAAUGGAUCCGCGCAUGGCUCGAAAUAUUGACCAAGAUAUGCGCGCUAUGCCGAAUCCUGUACCGCCACCACACAUGGAUCCACGUGCACAGCGGCAGAUGCCACCACAACAGGUCAAUCCACAACCGUCAUUCCCAACGGAUCCGCGACAACGACAAAUCGACCCCCGACUUCGUGGAAACGCAGGUGGCCCACCGGGCAUACCAGGUCCCACUAUGUCACAGCAACAACAAACAGCUCAGCAGCAGCUGCAAAAUCGUUUAGCUUCGAAUUGUGGCAUACCAAACGAUGCAACGGAUCAGGAAAAAGCCGCUCUUAUUAUGCAAGUGUUGCAACUAUCUGAUGAGCAGAUUUCGCAAUUACCACCGGAGCAACGCGCCAGUAUUUUGGUACUCAAGGAGCAGAUCGCAAAGAGCACACAGCGUUAAUUUCCAAUAUAUUCACUAUAUAAAUGAAAAACUGGAUUGCGUAUGACUUAACUAUUUCCAAUUUAAUAAUAGGUACCAAUGUAAUGUAUAAUUGGUUUUUUCAGACACAAUAAAAAAUUGAACAUUCGAUUAUAAAA